ACAAGUUUCUGUGCUUGCGUUGCGUGAGAGAGAAUGAAACAACGUCACACAGGCAAAAGCUUCUGUUUCCUUUUCCCCCAGCUAUAAAGAUGUGUCUUUCACCUGUGCUUUCCAUGAUAGUGUAGCUGAAGCUACUUCCUAAGCAUUUGCGGUUUUGGACACACAGCAUCAACAUUUUUAUUGGUCGGCUUUAGCAUCAAUGUUGAAGGAGUUCAAUACUUUACCCCAUUAGUUGGUUCCUUGAAAUUUAUAUUGGCAUUGCUAUACUGGAAAUUCUUCUAAACAGUCACUUAGCCAACAAAGGGUGUGCUUCUUAAUUUGUGCUACCAUGUCAAUAUUGGCUAAACUACGCUGUGUCACUAUAGAUGUUACUGGUACCCUAAUGGCUUACAAAGGGGAGCUUGGUGACUAUUAUUGCAUGGCAGCCAAAGCAGUUGGCCUUCCAUGCCCAGACUACAAGCGUAUGCAUGAGGGCUUUAAGCUGGCAUACAAGGACAUGGCAAGGAAGUAUCCAUGUUUUGGGUAUGCUGCCAAAAUGCCAAACAUUGUGUGGUGGAAAACUUGUGUGCGAGAUUCUUUUGUCAGGGCUGGAUAUGAGUAUGAUGAGGAGACAUUUGAGAAAAUUUUCAGACGCAUAUAUUCAUCCUUUGGUUCAUCUGCUCCGUAUACUGUCUUUCCAGACUCCCAACCAUUUCUUAGUUGGCUUCGUGGAAAUGGUCUCAAAGUUGGCAUUGUGAGCAAUGCUGAGUAUCGAUAUAAAGAUGUGAUUCUUCCAGCUUUGGGUUUAAACGAGGGAUCUGAGUGGGACUUUGGUGUAUUUUCUGGCCUUGAAGGUGUUGAGAAGCCAAACCCAAAAAUUUAUGAGAUUGCACUUGAGAGGGCUGGAAAUAUUGCACCUGAAGAAGUUCUACAUAUAGGGGAUAGCAUGCGCAAAGACUAUGAGCCAGCUAAGAGCAUAGGGAUGCAUGCACUAUUGUUGGAUAGAUUUAAGACACCAGAUGCUGUGGAAUGGAGGAAAUCUGGUGCAGUUGUUCUUCCUGAUUUGUUGGCAGCACAAGAAUGGCUGUCUUCAGAGAAGUCAACUUGCUAGAGGCUCUAUCAUUGCUCUAGUAGUAUUUAAGUAUCAUUUUCCUCCCUCUAAUCAUAUAACUGGGGGGAUGUGCCAUUUUGAAUUGCUGACUUCAAGUUUACUUAUCAUUUUUAGCUACUUUUUGU